AACAGCCGGAUGCUUGUCGCUAGCUCUAAAGGAAGAAGGAAAGGGCCGUCAUUGGGUGUUUUUGGCCGUGCUGUGCACAGGUGUUGCUUUCUGUUGAGGCUGGCGGCAGGUGCCAGAAGGCUCACCGUGGAGAGCGUGAAGGUCCCAUACACAGAACUUGCAUCCUUGAACAUUGGUUCUUCAGUGACAAUCAAAGGGACACCUGCCAUGUCUUUCAUCAGCCCCAUGAGCAGCCCGCCCCCAUCCAAGGAGCAGCAACUCACGAGCAGCCCGCUCCCGUCUGAGGAGCAGCAGCUGCCCAAGCAGCCUGCCCCCGCCAGCCAGAGGAGCCACCACUGCUGCGAACAGCGCCCACCAGAGGAGACGCCCCCAACUGAGGAGCAGUUGCUGCUGUGACCACCCGAGGAGCAGCCACCACCCGAGGAGCCACUGACAGCCAAGGUGCAGCCCCUACACGACUCGACAUCUAGAUCCUUCGGUGAGAGCAAAAAUGGUAGACAAAGAAACCCCCAAAGGAAAGAAAAAGAGGAAUCGCCAGAAAAGCAGCUAAGUAAAACGGAGGCAUGCAAUACAUCAGAAAAAUAAUUCAGAAUAAGGGUCAUACAGUUCAUAAACCAGAUGGAUGAAAAAAUCAAUAACUUAUGUAAGAACCAAGAAGAAAUAAAAAGUGAUAUAGCUGCAAUAAAAAACACCUUGGAAAGUUUCAACAGUAGACUAGGAGAAACGGAGGACCGAAUUAGCGAAUUAGAAGACACGGAAGCAAAACACACCCAAACUGAACUGCAGUUGGAGAAAAAAUUAAAAGAGGUUAUUGAAGCUUUGGAGAUCAAUUCAUGCACGAGUGAUACUGAAAUGUGUACUUGGCAUAAUGGUAGCACAAUGCAGUUGCAGUUCCUGGAGACCCAUCCGGUGCCAGGAUUAAACACCUACAGGAUUAAACACCUGCAUGUCUGUGGCAUGAGCCCAGAACUGCAGGUGGAUUUCCACACUGGAACUAAAGAGGACUCUGACAUCGCCUUCUGUUUCCGAGUGUACUUUGGCAACUGUGUGGUGAUGAACAGCCGUCAGUGUGGGGACUGGAAAUCAGAGAAGUACGAAGGUAUGCCUUUUGUGGAUGGCCAACCAUUUGAGCUGUGCAUCUCGGUGCUUCAGAAUGAGUACCAGAUAAAGAUAAAUGGCCGUCAAUGUUACACAUUUUCCCAUCGACUCCCGCCAAAUACUGUGAAGAUGAUCCAGGUGUGGAGAGAUGUCUCCCUGACUUCAGUGAGUGUGUCCAGUAGAGAAGGAUGUGACCAGAAUCCCCACUGUCAAGGAGAUCCCUCCACCUAAGUGACGCUGUGAUUCCCAGAGCUCGCUAACAACAUGGGUUCUCACCUUCCCUUACACUUCGUCAUUAAAACUCCUGAGAACUUAAAAAGAUUUGCUUCUUGUUUCUGAGGGGAAAAAGAGAAAAAAGAUUAAGUGCUCAACACUAAGAGGGGCAUGAGAGUACUGUGGGAGAGGUCAAGGAAUCAGAGAGGAUAAAUGUUUCUCGGACACAAGGAGUGAGGGACAGGGUCAUGAGAUGUCUGAGAAGACCUUGGUGACAAUGUCCGUAUGUAGUACUUAGGAUAUGUCAGACUCUGAAGCAAAAUCCUUCCCCAAUUUCAGACAACUAAACCAAGAUAUUAGGUAUCUGGCUCAAGCCUCAAAGCUAAAAUUGGUAGUUGGGGAAGAAACUUUGUAUUUGGAAAACAAUCA